AAUCAUAUCAACUUUAUCACAACAAUAAAUUCCGUAGUUAAAAAAAAAAAGAAAAAAAAAGAAAGAAAAAGUAUCAAAAUUAAUAACAAUAUAAAUAUGUGAUCCUAAUCGCAAGUUAGGCCUUAUACGCUAGCGACAUAUCAAGUGUUUGUGGAGAGCCAUACACUGCUUAAAUGCAUGUGAUAAAAUCGCUGAUAAGAUAGCAUCACUCUUAAGACUUCACCGACUACAUUAAUAACUAUAAAUCUCCCUACUUUGUUGCAAAAUACUAAUUAAUUACACACAUUCAUGAAUAUAUAGUUGAAGAAUAGCAAGAAAAAGAAAAUAUGUUACUCUUCCUCUUAUUCAUUGCAUCAAUUUCUCUUAUUUAUCUUCAUCUAAAACGCAAAAAAAAUGAACAAUUUAAUCUACCACCCGGACCUAAAGGCCUUCCUAUUAUUGGAAACCUUCACCAAUUUGAUCCCAUAAACCCUCAUCUCUACUUUACCAAGCAAGGAAAAAUCUAUGGCCCUAUCUUUAGUUUUCGAAUCGGAAAUCGAUUGAUGGUUGUGAUUCAAUCAGCUAAGAUGGCCAAAGAGGUGUUACAAGUACAAGAUAAAAACUUUUGUAACAGACAAGUGUUGGUUGGUGGAAAAAGGCUAACUUACAAUGGUUUAGACGUUGUUUUUGCUCCAUAUGGUGAGUAUUACAGAGAAAUUAAGAAGAUUUUUGUGGUUCAUCUACUAAGUUCCAAGAGAGUGCAGUCUUUUGCUCCAAUUCGACACGAAGAAGUCUCAAGGAUCAUUCAAAAGAUCUCAUCUCUUUCGUCUGAAAACAAAGUUGUCAAUUUGAGUGAAUUGUUGUUUAAUUGUGCAUGUUCUACCAUAUGCAAGAUUGCUUUUGGAAAACGUUACGAGGAUGAUGAAGGGACAAGGAGUAGAUUCCAUGACCUUUUGAAUGAAGCUCAAGCCUUGUUCGCCGGCUUCUUCUUUACGGAUUACUUCCCUUACACCGGCUGGCUUGAUAAGCUAAUUACUGGAAAAUAUUCAAAACUUGAGAAAACAUUCAAGAAAUUCGAAGAGUUUUAUAAAGAAGUCAUUGAUGAACAUCUUGACCUAAAGAGACCUAAAUCUGAUAGAGAAGACAUGGUUGACAUUCUACUCCAACUCAAGAAAGAGCGUCUCUUUUCAUUUGAGCUCACUAUGGAUCACAUUAAGGCAAUGUUAAUGGAUAUCAUAUUAGCAGGAACAGACACCAGUGCAACUAUGGUAAUUUGGGUAAUGACUAUGUUACUAAAAAAUCCCAACGCAAUGAAGAAAGUUCAAAGCGAGCUUAGGAAUAAAAUUCAAAACAAAUGUUUUAUCGAAGAAGGUGAUCUCUCAAAUCUCGAAUAUUUCAAGGCAGUAGUGAAGGAAACAUUCCGACUACACCCAGCAGCUCCAUUAUUGAUUCCACGAAAAACAUUGCAAAAUUGCACCAUCGAAGGAUUUGAUAUUCAAUCCAAGACUAUAUUAUAUGUCAACUUAUGGGCUAUUAGUAGAGAUCCUAAAAUUUGGAAAGACCCUGAUGUAUUUAUGCCAGAGAGGUUUUUGGAAUGUUCAAUAAAUUUCCUAGGGCAAGAUUUCGAGCUAAUUCCUUUUGGAGCUGGAAGAAGAAUAUGUCCUGGCCUUCAUCUUGGUGUUGCUAGCUUGGAUAUUAUGCUUGCCAAUUUACUAUACUUUUUUGAUUGGGAACUGCCUAGUGGUUUAAGGAGGGACGACAUUGACACUGAGGUGCAGCUUGGAGUAACAAUGCAUAAGAAAAAUCCUCUUUGUCUUUUAGCAAAUAAAUAUUAUUAAGAUGUUUAAAUUUCAGAUAUGUAUGGAGUAAUGACAUCAAUACCAAGGCGUUAAAAAAAUUGUUACGUAUCAAUACAAUUUGUGAAAAUUACACCUUCAUAAUCCCAACUAUUAGCGAUUUACUUCUAAUAAUCCCAACUAAGAUUUAUUAUCUAAUAUUCCAAUUAUGGGGUCACUUUGCCUCUAGUAAUCACAAUAACCGGUAACCAAUUGAAAGGGUAAUAAUUUUUUUUAAUUAAAAAGCCACGUGUCAGCAACUGAUUGCUCCAAAUUUUUUUUUAAAAAAAAAAA